AUGAACAGGCUCUCCAGCGACAUUUUCCAUGUCGGGGGUUCGUUGCGGUGGAAGAGAGCAGCCGCACCACCACAGGGCGGUCUGCUGACGGGCGAAGAUCCGAGUGUGUUCAGUACCGCCGAUCCUCUCAAGACAUGGAUCAUCCAACUAGGCGUCAUCCUGCUGAUGACCCAGCUUCUCGGUCUCAUUUUGCGGAGAAUUAGGCAACCCAAGGUCAUUGCGGAGGUCAUUGGAGGUAUUCUAUUGGGUCCGACCGCGUCUGGGCGCAUCCCUGGCUUUACGCAACACAUCUUCCCCUCAGUUGCCACUCCCUACCUCUCUCUCGUGGCCAACAUCGGACUAUGCCUCUUCCUCUUCCUCGUCGGUCUCGAGAUCGAAUGGUCUGUCGUCAGGCGCAACUACAAGAAAGCGCCUAUUAUCGCACUCGCAGGCAUAACUCUCCCAUUCGGCCUCGGCGCGGCACUGUCGAAGCCAUUGUACCACCAGUUCAUCAGCAGCUCCGUCAAGUACACACACUUCAUGCUCUUCACGGGUGUCGCAUACUCCAUCACUGCGUUCCCCGUGCUCUGUCGUAUUCUCACCGAGCUGAAGCUCCUCGACACUAACGUCGGUAUCACUGUGCUCUCCGCGGGUGUGAUUGAUGACAUCGUAGGAUGGACGCUGCUUGCCCUCAGUGUGGCUCUCGUCAAUGCUGGCUCAGGUCUCACAUGCCUUUGGAUUAUGCUUAUCACGAUUGCAUGGGGCAUCGUCCUGUUCUUAGCCGUCAAGCCCGCUCUGCACUGGUUUGCGCGGCGUACGGGCUCAAUAGAAAACGGCCCUACUGUCUUCUUCAUGACCGUUACGAUUCUGCUCAUGUUUGGUUCGGCCUUCUUCACGGAUAUCAUCGGUGUCCAAGCUAUCUUCGGAGCCUUCCUGGUAGGGAUCAUUGUUCCUCGUGAAGGCGGACUGUGUAUUGCCUUGACGGAGAAGCUGGAAGACAUGGUCCAGAUCAUUUUCUUGCCACUGUACUUCACACUUUCCGGCCUGAACACUAACCUCGGCUUGCUCAACGAUGGAAUCACCUGGGGAUUUACAAUUGCCAUCAUAAGCCUGUCUUUCACCGGCAAAUUCACAGGUUGCACGUUGGCAGCAAGGGCCCUCGGGUUUCCCUGGCGCGAGGCCGGGACAGUCGGCUCCUUCAUGAGUUGCAAGGGACUCGUCGAGCUCAUCGUGCUCAACGUCGGCCUCUCGGCGGGGAUCCUCACUCAGAAGGUCUUCUCCAUGUUCGUGCUGGAGGCGGUCGUCCUCACGUUUAUGACCACGCCGCUCGUGAACAAGUUCUAUCCGCCCUCCAUGCGCGUGCGCAUUGAUCUCCACAACUCGCACACGGACAUCAAGUCUUCGGAGUCGCGCUCGGUUGCAGACGAGAAGGCCUCCGAGGUCGAGAAACUAGGCGCGCCCUCGCUCGAGAAAUGGAGCGAGGUCGAGGAGCGCAAGUCGCGAUUCACGGUCGUCCUGGACCGGAUCGAGCACCUCCCGGGCAUGAUGGUCCUCACGCAGCUUAUCCAGCCCCCACCCGCAGUUACGGACGACAGUUCACCCAAGGAGAAGGCCGCUCAACGCUCGGACGUGUCCAUCGACGCCCUCCGUCUGAUCGAGCUCUCCGACCGGACGUCUGCGGUGAUGCGCUCCUCGAACGUGCAGAAUAUGCUGCACAGGGACCCGUUGCUGAACAUCUUCGGCACGUUCGGCCGGCUCAACCGCGUCGCCGUCUCGCCGUCCCUCGCGGUCGUCCCCUACGAGGACCUCUCCUCGAGCGUCGUCGAGCACGCGCAGAGCUCCGGCUCCCAGCUCGUCCUCGUCCCCUGGGUCCCCGCCCCGCCCGGCGCGCCAGACACGCCAUCCGGCAGCGCGGAGGCAUCGAACCCCUUCGAGGCGCUCUUCCGCGCGACGAGCUCCGGCUCUCCCCAGGUAGCCUCUACGCUCCACGCCAACUUCGUGCGCGGCAUCUUCGCCCAGGCGCACACGGACGUCGCGCUGUUCAUCGACCACCAGCACCCGAGCGAGUUCAGCCUGCCGACGUUCGACGGCCAGCACCACGUCUUCCUGCCGUUCUUCGGCGGCCCGGACGACAGGCUCGCGCUCAGCUUCGCGGUGCAGCUCUGCUCGCAUCCUGGCGUCACCGCCACCGUGGUGCGGGUGACGCAGAGCGCGUUCGACGAGCUGGACAGGGUCGGCUCCCUGGACAAACAGAAGAUGGCCCAUCUGGGCGACGGAUGGCCUAACGAGGCUACAAUACAUUCGAUUGCUUUGCCGGACACGGUGUAUGACGCUCAAACGACCCAGACCCGCCUGCAAUCCGAGACAGCGGACAACGUCGUCUGGAAUCGCUACAGCUCCCGCCAACCCACUGACAGCCCACUGUCCGCCGCGCUGUCCCGCAUCCAGUUCUCGGAGACCCGCACGCCGACCCCUCUCCACGCAGUGAUUGAACAGGCGCACACACUCUCGGAGUCCGCGGCUGAGCGCCGCGCACAAUUUAUCGUUGUCGUUGGCCGAUCGCGUCGCUUGGCUGUCGCGAACCACCAUGAGGAGAUCACACAGCUGAUCGAGCAAUAUGGUGGAGGUUGCGGUGAGGUGAAGAAGACAGUCGGAGACGUGGCUGCGUCCUUCAUGACCGCUCGCUGCAAGGCCGACAUCGUUGUCCUCCAAACGGCCAAGGCUGGAUAG